CCUCAGAUCCCCAGAUGAGCAGCGGUCCCCGCCGCCGCACGUAAAAACUUCCCCGACAAACCAACACAGUCCGCCAGCGCUGCGCCACCAUGGUCAUCGGCCCGCUCGUUCAGCUCAAGAUCUCCAAUGGCGUCUGCGCCGGGAUCGCCAUCUGCACCACCUGCACCCGCCUCUGGAUGCGCCGCGGCCGGUACUGGUGGGACGACGGCUUCGCCCUCUUCUCCAUGGUCUUCCAGCUCCUCCAGAUCGGCGCCGUCUUCCUCCACGUCCCCGACCCGUCCGUCUUCUCCCGCACCACCAACGUCGCCGCGUACUACAUCAUGGCCGCCACCUUCUACUGCAUCAUAUGGAUGGCCCGGCUCUCCAUCCUGUUCUCCAUCAUCCGCAUCGACUCUAACCAGCGCCGCACCCACAUCCUCCGCUGGACCGCCGGCCUCUUCGGCCUCGUGCUCGUCGUCAUGAUCUGCCAACUGUUCUGGGUGUGCGAGCCCCUCGGCGGCACGUGGAAGAACGAGCGCUCGCCGCAAUGCCCGCUCGACCAGCAGGUCGCCAUCUGCCAGCUCGUCACGGACAUCCUCUCGGACACGCUCCUCCUCGUCGUCCCGCUCCGCCUGCUGAGCGCCAUGUCCGCCGACGACUCCACCCGGCGCCGCCUCAUGUUCAUCUUCUCCACCUCCAUCGUCACCACGGUGGUGUCCCUCGUGCACGCCGCGCUCAUCUUCGAGGACGCCGGGAUCAAGGUCGUCAUCGCGGCCAUGGUCGAGAACGGCGUGUCGCUCAUGGUCUGCAACGUCCCCGUCCUCGCCACCGCCUUCAUCCGCGCCAUGGGCCGCCACGACUCGUCCGACACCGACGACCCGGACGACUCGGCCGCGAACACCUACCUCAAGUUCGGCUCCAAGCUCCGGUUCUCCACCAGCGUCUUCAAGAAGAGUGCGGGAGGGGGAGGCACGACGACGACGACGUUCGGAUGGGGCGGGAAGAGCAGGGGCGGCGUCAGCACCCGCGCGAUCACGCUCACCGGCCUGAGCAGCGUCACGGAGGACUCGACGCGGGACGAGGGGAAGGACGAGUACGCGCAGACGAGGACGGUCGACCUGCCCGCCGCCGUCGGGACGCGCACGGUCGAUUUCGGGACGCGCACGGCGAGAGAGGAUCAGAAGGUGGCAUGGGUCGACGUGCCCGUGCCCGACCGGGGCGCGCCGUGAAAAGGGGGGGAACAAGCGGCGGCCCCUGCCUUCGUCCCCAUCCCCGUGCUCCUCCCAUGUUAACACUUGAUACCUGGGAUGAAACAUCUUGCCCCUGGGACAAUCACCGCUGUAGGAUAUCGACCUCUCUCUUGAACUUGCUCGCCUCCCUCCUUGUUGACGCUUCUAACGUUAUUCCUCCGUCUCUUGUGCUCCGCAUGCCCCACGUACGACCCCACUCCCGCGUUUCUCGCUAUAUCUAUGUGUGUACCGCAGUCCUGUAGCUCUAGAUCAUGUCGCUUUUUUCUUUUUAAAUACGUCCAUCGGAAAGAAAAAAAAGCUAUCAUUGUAAC